GGAGCCCGCUGCAGUGCGCAAGCGCGCACCAUCUCCGUUUCCCUCCCUUCAGCCCCUCCACCCCCCCUUCCCCUUCAAGAAGCCGGCUCCGGGGCGCGGUCAACCCUGUGAGGAGGCCAGAGGCCGGACACCGGAGGCGCAGUCUCCGCUCCCGGAAGAUCAUGUACCAGCCCACCCGGGGGGCGGCCCGGCGUCUCGGCCCCUGCCUCCGUGCCUACCAGGCUCGACCCCAGGACCAGCUGUCUCCACGGGCUUUACCAUUCCCACCCCUCUGGCCCCACUCCACAACAACUUCUCCAUCUUCUCUUGUCUGGUCUCUACCGCCCCCACUCUCUCCCAUUUGGCUGCUUCCUGGAGCUCCCCCACUACCUCUCCCUCAGAUCCAGGCUUUCAGCUCACCAUGGGUGGUUCUCCCUCCAGGAAAGGGGGAGGAGGGACCAGGACCUGAAAUGCAUAGUGGCUGCCUGGAUGGGCUUAGGAGCCUAUUUGAGGGACCUCCCUGCCCCUGUCCUGGGGCUUUGAUACCUUUCCAAGCCCCUGGGACCGCUCGCCCUUCCCCUGCCACUCCAUCAGGAGAUCCGAGUAUGGAGGAGCACCUGGCUGUCAUGUAUGAGAGACUCAGGCAAGAGCUUCCCAAUCUCUUCCUUCACUCCCACGACUAUACUCUCUACUCAUCAGAUGUGGAAUUCAUCAAUGAGAUCCUGAACAUCCGUACCAAGGGCCGGAUGUGGUACAUUCUGUCACUGACCCUCUGCCGCUUCCUGGCCUGGAACUAUUUUGCACAGCUUCGGUUGGAGGUUCUGCAGCUGACCCGCCACCCAGAGAAUUGGACCCUGCAAGCCCGCUGGCGGCUUGUGGGGCUGCCCAUCCACCUGCUCUUUUUGCGUUUCUACAAGCGGGACAAGGAAGAGCUUUAUCGGACCUAUGAUGCCUAUUCCACCUUCUACCUGAAUUCCAACGGCCUCAUUUGUCGCCAUCGCUUAGACAAACUGAUGCCUUCACACUCAGCCCCAACGCCUGUGAAGAAGCUGCUAGUGGGAGCCCUGGUGGCUCUGGGACUGUCAGAGCCAGAACCCAACUUACACCUCUGUUCCAAGACCUGAUCCAGGAACUGGAGUGGAGGCAGCACUGAAGACUUUGCUAUGUACGCACAAGAGGAGGAGAUGGAGGUGGCCUAGAAUCUCAGGAGCCAGCUUCCUCUCUUCUUUUGCUCUCCUUUUUUGCCAUCUCAUGCUGUGUAAAGCUGCUGUGUAAUUUAAGUUGUAAAUAAUAAAGUCUUAAGUGAAUAUAUGAGAA